GAGAGGAUACAGUCAGUUGAGAGCACCAUAGGUUGGUUACUCGUGUCAGGACGAUUUGCGUGUCGGGCGGGACUUCACAAACAAACACUCCGGGGAUUUCCAUUUAAUUUGAUGUCUAACCAAUCAAUUUCCGGACGAGCUGAAAUGUGACUUUUUUGGGUGAGGGUAGUUUGGUUGGGAAUGUCCUUAGAACUGUGGGAGCUAGAUUCCCGGCAAGACUGAAGAGGAAAGGAGAUACAAAAGCGAAAUGAAUGCCAGGUAUUAGCCGAGGCAAUGGUAGGAGGCAACGAGAAAGAAGGGGAGGCGGUCCACGAUUCGCUGUCUUGUGCUCCCACAUGGUAUUAUGCUGCACCCUUGUGAGUUGCGACCAUCCUGACUCGGGAGAAGCCGUAAAAUGCACUGUUUCGCUUGUGUGUAAUUGAUCGAUUACAUUAUGAGCACAUCAUAAACGUUGGGUUGAGUGAUUUGGGUUGGUUGAUGUCAUCGGAUUUUGCGUUUUUAAUAGACACGACCUCUACCUAAGGGUUGGGCUAGCUGGUUGAGCUGUGUUGUUGUUGUUGUUGGUUUUUUGUUUGUCCUAUUUGGUCUUUUUGCUGAUAUUAGUCGAACUAAUGUGAAUAGCGGCUCCCCGGAGUCACGAACAUGGUCCCAACGAAACAACGAGCAGAUCUCAUGGACCCCCGGUUCCAAAUCGAAUGCGUAUAACGCGUGCAACAUGAAUAUCCACCGGAACAGUUCAGCCAGUCACAGAACGGUCGAGAUUAUAGAGGGUAUGCCAAUUUCACUGUUUGUUACAUGCAUACACAAUACACCUCUCUCGUACUUAUCGUGUAGGCAUUGUAGUCGUUUUUUUUUCGCACCAUCAAAUAUUUCGCGCAUGCAAUUGAUUCGGAUUGAUUGAAAUUUUUAAAAAGAAAAAAAAAAAAUUGUGAAAGAUACAAAAUAACACAGAAUAGAUACGUAUUUUCCGGGCGUCCGUUUCGGUUGCGUGAACUUUCCCUUCUCGGACGAGCAACCAACAAUUUUUACACCGGUGUGCGCGGGACAACGAAUGAGCAUCCUGUAAAAUGUACAGUGUCAUACCAUAAACUGUUCUACUCUAAGGAAUAAAGCAAGCAAACGUCCAACAGUACUGUGAGUAAGGACUAAACACGUGUUUUAGGAUUCUACAAUUAUCAUACAUAUUGUAUGUCCUUGCCAGUGAAUAUAGUGUAGUGUCACACACAAUUUGUACGUUCGUUUUUUUUUCCCGGUAGUUAGUGCGGUUAAUCAAAUCGAGAAAGUUGAUUUUGAACUAAGUAGUAAGCGACCCCCCAACAGAACAAAAUCCCCCGUAGUCAUGUUCCUGAGCUUGUAAGGAUUCGGAUGUAGCAAGAUAAGUGAAUGUUGUGCGUGAGAUGAUAGUUAUGUAUAGAAACAUAAAAGUGCAGGCUAUUUUCAUGGUGUCAAAUGGAUGGUCUUGUAUAAUUUGGAAAUUCUAAAAGACCUCAUGAUCGCCACUUCAAAAAGAAUUCUAAUUGUUUUUCGGUUAUAGUGUCCGUUGUAUAGUGAAAUUUAACGCAAUCGCGAAUGUAUAUGACAAGGUUGAGUGUGACCCAAUAGGUAUGACCUUGCGGAUUAAAUACUUCUAUAGUUCCUGGUGCUCGGUUAAGCUUCGUCAACGUUUGGGGAUUUUUAAUUAAAUUUUAUUCAUCAAAUACCUUUGGAAUGCCCCCUAAAACUGAAAAAGGUGUCCCGUCGUAACCUACUUUGGAACACUUUUUCUAAAACUUGUGGAAAUGUUCAUGUAAUAUUCGUAUUACCAAAAAUUUACCUAAAUUUUCGGUUAGAAUCCUUCGAGAUUUCAAAAUAAUCCCUUAAUAUCCGCGCGUGUGGUUAAAUAGUGCGCAAAAAUACUUAUGUGCUUAUUUAUCUAGUGAUAAGUGUUUUCCUUUUUCGUCCCUUAUCGAUAUUCUCCAUGGUUUAGAGUUUAAAUAAAAGUGGUUUUAGUUAUAAUUAAAGAGAUCCAGGGAAAAUGUAUAAUAUAAACCGCAAAAAGUGAGAUAUCAUAAUGUUAUCAAAAUGUGAUUUAUCUUAAAUUGUGCUGGUUUGGAAAUACGGAGAACUUUUAUUGGAUAACAACUAAAAGUAAUAGAGAAACAAUUGAGUUUUGUUUGAAGAUAAUGAGUGAAGUUUUAGAUCAACAAUAUCGUUAUAAGUGUUCAAUGUAUCACAAAUUGGUUAGCAAUUUUCUAUAUGAAAAAACAUUCAGGACAUUUUUUUAAAUACAAAACCAAGUGACAUCAUAACUUAUCUGUGUUCAAGUGUACUAUUAUAAGUGUAAAAAGUGAAAUCAGGAAUAAUAUCAGAAUAAUUAUAAAUCUGUGAAUCUAAUUCAUACCAAAAAGUUUUAUUUUUUCUAAAAAGAAGGAUCGUUUCCGAGCCGUGUUAGGGAAUUAUAUCAAAAUUUUUGCAUUACAACCAACACCGACCAUGGGAGCGGCUGUCACUCCCUGGUCCGGUUCUAUGAUGGACAGAGUUUCAACACUGGAUGACAUGCCCCAUAAAGACAUUGCGGUGAGAAAUUCAGGCUUAGCUGUGCAAACUGCUGGAUCAUCCCAUUUCACUUCAGCCUACCGCCAUCUAACUGAUGAUGAAUGUCACAGUGGGGUAAAUCAACUUGGUGGUGUAUUUGUAGGCGGUCGUCCAUUACCUGAUUCUACACGACAAAAAAUCGUUGAAUUGGCACAUAGUGGCGCUCGACCCUGUGAUAUAUCUCGUAUACUCCAAGUCUCCAAUGGUUGUGUUAGCAAAAUCCUUGGAAGAUAUUACGAAACAGGGAGUAUACGACCAAGAGCGAUUGGCGGAUCAAAACCACGUGUGGCUACCGCUGAAGUUGUUAGCAAAAUUUCACAAUACAAGCGUGAAUGUCCUAGCAUAUUUGCUUGGGAAAUACGGGAUCGACUGCUUCAGGAUGGUGUUUGUUCCAACGAUAACAUUCCUAGUGUUUCAUCAAUUAAUCGAGUUCUACGAAAUUUAGCUGCCCAAAAGGAGCAACAACAGCAACAGCAACAAUCACAAACAUCCGUUCCAAAUUCUCAAAUAGCCGCACCCCUUGGUAGCGGUGGAAGUGCCGGAGGUAACUCUAGUGAUUCUGUCUAUGAUAAACUACGUCUGCUAAAUGGACACCAUCACCAUCAUCAUCAUCAUCACCAAUCAACUGGGCCAUCAGGGGCCGGAUCUUGUUGGCCUCGUGCACCUAAUGCCUGGUAUUCCACCCCGUUGAAUAGUAGCGGCUCACCCUUUCCAAUGCAAUCACUUAGCCCAUCUGCAUCGGCAGCAACUUGUACGAUAUUAUCGGAUGACCUCAGUGCCAAGAAAGAAUUGGACGGUCAUCAUUCGGAUGAAACUGGAUCAGGUGAAGGUGAUAAUUCCAAUACAGGAUCAAAUAUUGGUAUAACUGAUGAUGAUCAGGCACGUUUACGAUUAAAAAGGAAACUGCAAAGAAAUAGAACAUCAUUUACAAAUGAUCAAAUAGAUAGCUUAGAAAAAGAAUUUGAACGUACUCAUUAUCCAGAUGUCUUUGCACGGGAACGUUUGGCCGCUAAAAUCGGUCUACCCGAAGCACGUAUACAGGUAUGGUUUUCAAAUCGUCGCGCUAAAUGGCGUCGUGAAGAAAAAUUACGCAAUCAACGACGUACACCGAAUACAUCGAGUAAUGGUACAAAUACGGUUGCCGUAACCGGUAAUGGAACGAAUAGUACAGGUGGAAGUGGAGGUGGCCCAGAUGGUAGUGGAGGCAGUAGUGGUGGAUCAUUAGGUGGAGGAGGACUCUCUUCAAUUGGUGGUAGUUCAGCAAUAACAGGUUUAACUCCGCCACCACUUGCAGUUGGUGGUGUUGACUUACAAUCAGGUAGUAGCGGACUAUUGGGUGCUGGUAUUCCGGGACAUCAUCAUCAUCACCAUCAUCAUCAUCAUAAUUUACCAACUAUACCAUCAUUGUCACCACGUUUGAAUUUGAAUAGUGGUUUUGGUACAACCAUGAGUAGCAUGUAUCCAUCGAUACAUCAUCCGCCCAUGCCAAUGAGCGAUUCUUACAGCCCUAUGACAUCAAUGUCUUCAUUUUCCCAUCCGUCAAUAACAUCAAUGCCAUCAUCUCCUAAUAUCGGUGUAGUACCAGCAGGCGUUACUAGCGUAGGUUGUUUACAACAGCAACGCAACCUAACACCUCCAUCACCAUAUCAAUGCCAUAUGGCAGCAAGGAGUGCAUUGACACCUGUUGGAGGAUCUUUAACCGGUAGUGGUAGCUCAGCUGCAUUGAGCCAUCAUACAUCUUCUGCAGGUUCUGGACCACUUGGUGCAGCAUCACACACACAUAGCACCUAUGAGUCCUUAAAUUUAGGUCAGUACGGGCCGUCUCUACCCUCAGCACCGGGAUCUCUUUCUGUAUCAGGGACUCCGACACGACAUUCACCAUGCAGUCCACAUCAAACUUAUCAAAUGAUUGGUAGCAGUACUGCCGGUGCAUAUUCAAAUAAUAAUAGUGGCGCAGGUUUAAUAUCACCAGGAGUGUCUGUUCCAAUAGCUGUCCCUGGCCAACCUCCAGAUAUGUCGUCACAAUAUUGGUCUCGGCUUCAGUGACAUUGGUGUUAAAAUUUAAACUUAAUAUAUAAUUAAUUGAGAGCUAUGAAAAAAAAUAAUAAUAAUUGGAAAACAAAGACUUGAAAGAAUAUUUAUUUUAUCUUAUUUUCCAGGGAAAUA